AUGGUUUCGUAUCGGCUGGAAACAUACGGUAUUGACUUACAGCAUGUACAUGAAUCAUGUAGCAGUGCGCCACUGGGACUUGAAAGUGGAAAGAUGCUGGACGGUCAAAUACAGGCUUCUUCAGCUCUCGACUCAAAUUAUUUGGCUGUGCGUAGUCGGCUCAAUACACAAAGAGACGGGAGUUUAGGUGGUGGAUGGUCUCCUCCUGCUAAUAAAAACCUGAUAGAAAAUAGUUGGAUACAAGUGGAUUUUCUACAACCAACUAUUGUUACUCACAUUGGAACACAAGGACGAGCAGAUUUGAACGAAUAUGUUACGAAGUAUGCCGUACAAUUUGGUUUUGAUGUACAUAAUUUAAUCGACUUUGAGAAUGGCAAGAUAUUUGAUGGAAAUAUUGAUCAAAAUACUGUUAAGACCAAUUUUCUUGAAAUACCGAUCAUAACGCGGUAUAUCAGGGUUAUUCCAAAGGAGUUCUAUGGCCAUGUUACAAUGAGAUGGGAGCUUUAUGGAUGUGUUGCAGACUUUCAGUGCAAGGUUAACGUACUUGGAAUGAAAAGUAAAGCUAUUUCAGACAGCAAGAUUUCCUCGUCUACGGCACUCGGCGCUAACCAUUCGGCUGUACGUAGCAGACUUGACACAACGGUGGAUAAUGCAGGGCUUGGUGCAUGGAUUCCCGAUCCAACCGAUCGAAACCCUUGGAUUCAAGUGGAGUUAACAAAAUUAAAUAGAGUAACACGCAUCGACACACAAGGACGUUCAGACGCGCCUGAGUGGGUUAAAACCUACAAGCUUGGGUUCGGCUUGUACAAAGAAAAUACGACGUUCAUCGAUUAUGAAAACGGCAAAGUAUUUCCAGCGAAUACCGACCACAAUACUACUGUAACAAAUGAUCUUGAUCCACCUUUAACAGCAAGAUUUAUCAGGCUUUAUCCAUUAACUUUUGAAGUAUCACGGUCACUGAGAUGGGAGCUGUAUGGAUGCGUACCAGAACCUUGUGACGACCCCCUUGGAAUGCAAACUGGAAUUAUCCUUGACAAGAAGAUAACAGCUUCAUCGGCAUUCAGCUCAAAUACUUCAGCCUCACGUGGUCGUCUUGGUUUGAUGAUGCAUGACUCCUUGGCUGGCGGUUGGAGAGCUGCGGAAAACGAUAAUUCGCCAUGGAUACAAAUAGAACUAUCCAGCGAGACAACAGUCACUCGUAUCGCAGUACAAGGCAGAUCGGAUGUUUCUCAGUGGGUCAAAACUUAUAGUCUACUAUAUGGCAUACGUGAUGGAAAGUUGCAUGACUAUAAAAAUGGUACAGUAUUCAAUGCCAGCACUGAUCAGAAUAAUGUUGUAUCCAGUAUUCUUGAUCCACCAAUUCUAGCAAGAUAUGUCAGACUUCUACCACAAACCUACCAUGGUGCGGUUGCACUUAGAAUGGAGCUGUACGGGUGUCUUCAAGAAUUUUGCGAUCAGGCACUUGGAAUGCAAAGUAGAGCCCUUCCAAAUGAGUCCAUAACUGCUUCUACAAGCCGUUCAAGUGGUUAUGAACCCUUCUACGCCAGACUUGGUAACAGAGGAGAAGGCGUUAAUCUUAAUGGAGCGUGGGCUCCGUUGGAGAUCGCCGUAAAUACUAGUUGGAUACAAGUUGAUUUGCUCCAGCCAACUACAGUAUCACGUAUCGCUACACAAGGUCAUCCAGAUUUGGUCCAAUGGGUGAUGGACUAUUCAAUAGAGUACGGCACUAUUGAGGGCAACCUGAUGGAAUAUGAAAAUAGAUUGAAUGAGAAAGUAUUCAAAGGCAACACCGACCAGAAUACCAUCGUCUUUAAUGUUCUUGAUCCGCCUAUCUUCGCUCGAUACGUCAGGAUUUUGCCAAAAUCUUAUCAAACAUAUGUUUCAAUCAGGCUUGAGCUCUACGGAGGAUGCGACAGUAUAGGUAAUAAAGUUGUUCCUGUCAUUUAA